AGCGAAUCGCGCCGGGGCACGGGGCGCUGGGCGUUGGGCCUUUCACUGGAACUUUCGGAGGGGAGGCGCGUGGCACUACGUCAAUUCCACGCGCCCCAAACCGAUAAGCAUAUUACUGUGCAGUAUAACAUAAUCCUCACCAUUGACCGUAUGCGCAUGCGCCCAAGAUGAUGGAGAUUGACGACGACGAUAUCCUGCGCAGUGUCGCCGCCGGCGGGUCAAUGGAUUACUCUGUUUGGCCAGCCCUGCUGUCGAGCAUAGUGUCGAGGAUAGAGACGAUCGCCCACAAUGAGUUCCCCAUACCGAACCUGCCGCCGCCCGCCCCCAUGGUCCUGCCGUCAUCCAUUCCGCAUCCACCCCCCUCCGAUUCAGAGGACAACUUUCUACCACCCCUUCCGUCUUCGCCGACCAAUCCUUCCAGCACCACAUCCUCACAGGAGACGAACAAGGAGAACACGCCACUAGCCACCAGAACUGCGCCGCCUCCCGCCGUCCCGGCUCCUCCCCCGGCGCCAGCUCUGGAGCCUCUACCACCCGGCACACUACCAGCACAGAUCACAGAGAUGCUCACCGGCAUAACGCGGACACUGACCUCUACCUUCCCGACCUACCCGCCUCACACCAUCCAGCGACUCUCGGAGCUGGUUCUCACGCCAAAGCAUCACUACAAGUCACUGCCCACAUAUCUACAUGCCCUGGAACGCGUCGUUCACGUCACCUCGGGGCUCAACAUCUAUCCCCUCCCGCCUGCCGUACCCGACAUGUCUACUGCCGGAGGUAUGCUCUCCAAUGGAAUUUUAGAUGCCAUUGGCCCAAACCCCUUUGCCACGCCUGGAAGCGACGAGGCACUAGGUGGUGCGCUCUUGACCCCAAUCCCCUGGUUGCAGCCCCGCGGCCCCGAGGCAAAUGCUCUCUCCCCAGGACCUUCUUCCUCUCAGACAGGAUCCUCCAUGUCGCCCGAACGUACCAACGGGACCGGAAGUGGCGGGCACGACACGGCACCUAGCGACUCACCAGAGCUGCGCACAGAGAGCACAGAGACCAUCGAGGGACCAAAUGGUAUGGGUAGCAUCGAGACAGUAACAGUCACCGUUAACGGGCUCUCUAGCAUGGGCGCUCGCGGAGUUGGAGUGACCCAAGGCGAACUGCUGCGGCAGGAACAGCGAGCUGGUGUUGUUCCCGUCUCUCAGCUGGCGUCACAUAUUUCUUCUUCGCACCAUCACCACGCUGCCGCUGCUGCCGCCGCCGCCGCCGCCGCUCAACAAAGAGCUUCUCCUUCUUCCGCAUCGCCGAGCAAUGCGCCGACAGAAGCUGAACAAGCGGCCGAAAGUGGAGACAUAGUGCGGUCCGUUCAGGGCGCCGACGAGGACGAGAAACCGCAUGCCCGUGGCCCAGAUGAGAUCGGAGCUGAGGAUAUGGGCCCGCAGCGCGAAGGAAGCAACACAAGCUACCACGUUGGUGGACCCGCUGGGAACAUGGAUAUGCAGGGAAUCGACGUCGAGGCUGCCGUGGGACGCAAGGCCACCGACCCGCAGACCUCAUCUCCCGAGCCGAAGCCAACGGUGGAGACGCAAUCCGAGUUGGAAGAGGUUGAGGCGGAAGCAAAGGACGUCAGGAUGGAAGGUGUCGGACCCUCGAGAGCUAGGUCCGCCACGCCGAAACGGGAGGCCCAAGACGAGCUCGAGGGCGAGCGAAAGAAAUUGAAGGAGGACCCGGAGACUACGCCAGCGGCUGCCAAUGUUCCUGCUGCCGCAGACUGCUCGGAAGACAUCAAACCCAAAGCCGAAUCCGAGUCCAAGGCCAAGGCAGAGGACGGCAAAACUGCCAACGGGGAGGCCGAGGAAAAGAAGGAGCCGGCCGAGGAAUAGGUUUCCUCGGCGUUUUUAUGAAAGACCAGUUGUUGGCUCAGUUGGCGUU